UGUGUGUGUGUGUGUGUUAUGUGUGCCAUGGACUCAGCCCAGCAAUAUUGACAAUAGGGUGAACCGAUUUAAUCGCCCUAAAUAAAAUUGAAAUAAAACAAAAAACCCCAAAACAAUCGGGAAAGGAAGAUUAAGCGCGGCUAGACACACGGGAUUUCUACCAAACCAUUAGGAGAUGUGUUUAUUUUAACCGCAUCUUUCUUUCUUUCUAUCUUUUUUUAUGCAUCCAUUGAUGGGACACGGAGGAUUAUUUCACUAGAUGGUGUAAGGAUUUGGCAUUUUUUCAGCCACAACAUUGCAUAUUUUUUUUGCAUCUGUCUGCUUUCCAUUAGGACAUUUAAGCAGAACUGGGAACAUAGGGUUUCUUUUUUUAAGCAAAGUAAAUUAUUUACAAAAAAAUACCAAGUGUUUAUACGGGAUCACUCCUCAGUCACCUCCGUUCCCCCGAAACACAGAGGAUCAAAAGGGCUAUGUCCUCAGCAGCCACCUCGCCGCCGUCAGUGGACAAAGUGGACGGGUUCUCCCGAAAAUCGGUCAGGAAGGCCAAGCAGAAGCGCUCACAGAGUUCCUCACAGUUCCGCUCUCAGGGCAAACCCAUCGAGCUCACUCCCCUCCCUCUGCUCAAAGACGUCCCUGCUCAGGAGCAGCCGGAUUUGUUCCUGAAGAAGCUGCAGCAGUGCUGCACCGUGUUCGACUUCAUGGACACGCUGUCUGACCUGAAGAUGAAAGAGUACAAGCGCUCCACGCUCAACGAGCUGGUGGACUACGUGACGGUCAGCCGAGGCUACCUCACCGAGCAGGCCUACCCCGAGGUCGUCAAAAUGGUGUCCUACAACAUAUUCCGCACUCUUCCACCCUGUGACAGUAACGAGUUUGACCCAGAGGAGGACGAACCAACUUUAGAGGCUUCAUGGCCACAUUUACAGCUGGUGUACGAGUUCUUCAUACGCUUUCUGGAGAGUCAGGAGUUCCAGCCCAGCAUUGCCAAAAAGUAUAUAGACCAGAAAUUUGUCUUACAGCUGCUGGAACUGUUCGACAGUGAGGACCCGCGGGAGAGAGACUACCUGAAGACAGUCUUACACAGAAUCUACGGCAAAUUCCUGGGGCUGAGGGCUUUUAUACGAAAACAGAUAAAUAAUAUUUUUCUACGUUUUGUUUAUGAAACUGAGCACUUCAACGGAGUAGCCGAGUUGUUGGAAAUUUUGGGAAGCAUCAUCAACGGCUUUGCUUUACCUCUGAAAGCUGAACAUAAGCAGUUCCUGGUGAAAGUGUUGAUUCCUCUGCACACAGUCAGGAGUCUCUCGCUCUUCCAUGCACAGUUGGCGUAUUGUAUUGUACAGUUCCUAGAGAAAGACCCCACAUUAACAGAACCGGUCAUUAGAGGUCUUCUCAAGUUCUGGCCAAAGACGUGCAGUCAAAAAGAGGUGAUGUUCCUGGGAGAGCUGGAGGAGAUCCUGGACGUGAUCGAACCCACGCAGUUUGUGAAGAUCCAGGAGCCUCUGUUCAAGCAGAUCUCCAAAUGCGUCUCCAGCCCUCACUUCCAGGUGGCUGAGCGAGCACUGUACUACUGGAAUAACGAGUACAUCAUGAGUCUUAUCGAGGAGAACUCCAACGUCAUCCUGCCCAUCAUGUUCGCCAGCUUGUACAGGAUCUCCAAAGAGCACUGGAACCCGGCGAUCGUAGCUUUAGUGUACAACGUCCUGAAAGCCUUCAUGGAAAUGAACAGCUCUUUGUUUGAUGAACUCACUGCCACCUACAAGUCAGAUCGCCAGAGAGAGAAGAAAAAGGAAAAGGAGCGUGAGGAGUUGUGGAAGAAGUUGGAGGACCUGGAGCUGAAGAGAGGCCUGCGGAGCAACGCGAUUAUUCCCACUUAACGCUGCCUGCCCCGCCUCUCGCACCGCCCCCUGGAACACACUCCCACGUCGCUGGCCACGCCCACCCAGGCCUUCUCUUUUUGUGUUGUUUUUUUUCCGUUUGUUUAUUUCCUUUAUUUUUUUUUUCCUUCCUGUAUCGUGCGACUUACUUUACUGUAGAUUUCCGUCGUCUCUUUUCAUUAUUUCGACAACACUGUAAAUAUAUUUUUUUUUUUUGUUCCUGCUAUAUUUUUUCCCUUCGAGAAUAUUACACUGAAAACGAAAAAGACUUUAAAAAAAACAAAAAAAAUAAAUAAAAGGGGAGAAACAGAGCUUGCUCGUCCACGUGGGAAUGAGAAAAUGGACUUGACCAGACAGUAGGAUCUGAACUGGACUGCUGCUGUGGAGAGAAAAUCCAAUCAGCUACCAAACCGAACCCUCACCGCUGUCGUUGGAGGGGAAGAUCCGUUCCUGCUAACGCUCGUCCAGACACACUGUCUCACUCCUUCACUCUCUCUCUCUCUCUCUCUCUUUUUUUUCUUUUCUUUUCUUUUCCAUCCGUUCAUCUUGUCGCUGAUAAAUUUCCUCAGAACCUAUUAAUAGCAGAAUCCUCAAAGUGGAAAGGCUAAAUGCUAACCAGCAACCACACACACACACACACACACACACACAUUAACAAA